UGAAGUUUGAGACCUCCGUUCGGUUGCUCGGGGCGUGUUUUCUUCUUUCGGUGGGUGUUCCCAAAGCAGGACGUGGGCGUGAAUGCGAGUCUGAGGCUCCAGCGGUUCGUGGGAAAGACGCGCAGAGGAGUUUGGAGACUGUACCUAAGCGCACCGCAUCGCCAUGAAGCGCCCGUGUGAGGACACCACGUCCGACAGCGACAUGGAUGAAACUAUUGAUGUGGGCAGCGAGAAUAACUAUUCUGGUCAAAGCAGCGGAUCAUUUAUAAGAUGUGGCUCACCUACCACAACUUCCCAAGUUAUGGCCAGAAAGAAGCGGAGAGGGAUCAUUGAGAAAAGACGAAGAGAUCGAAUAAAUAGCAGUCUAUCAGAGUUACGUCGCCUGGUCCCCACAGCAUUCGAGAAACAGGGUUCGGCCAAAUUAGAAAAAGCAGAAAUAUUGCAGAUGACAGUGGAUCAUUUGAAGAUGCUCCAGGCCACAGGAGGAAAAGGAUAUUUUGAUGCCCAUUCCCUAGCCAUGGACUUCAUGAGCAUCGGCUUUAGGGAGUGUCUCACAGAGGUGGCCCGAUAUCUGAGCUCAGUUGAAGGUCUGGACUCUAGCGACCCCCUCCGCGCCCGCCUGGUUUCUCACCUCAGCAGUUGCGCCUCGCAGAGGGAAGUGGCUGCCGUGACCACUUCCAUGGCGCAUCACCAGCAGGCCCUCCACCCGCAACACUGGGCCGCAGCCUUGCAUCCCAUUCCCGCCGCUUUCCUGCAGCAGAGUGGACUACCGUCGUCGGACGGUCCCUCGGGCAGGCUCUCCGAGGUUCCUCAAAGAGGAGCGGCCCUUCUGACCUCCUCCUUUACCCACAGUGACUCCACUCUGAGAGCGCCUUCUACAGGUAGCGUCGCUCCUUGCAUGCCGCCGCUGUCCACCUCCCUCCUUUCGUUAUCGGCCACAGUCCACGCGGCGGCUGCCGCAGCCGCGGCGCACACCUUCCCUAUGUCGUUUCCCGGAGGGUUUCCGCUCUUCAGCCCAAGCGUAACGGCAUCUUCGGUGGCUUCUUCCGCCGCGAGCCCGUCCGUUUCCACAUCCACCUCUUCGCAACAGAGUAGCAGCAGUGGAAGCAGUAAACCGUACCGGCCUUGGGGAACUGAAGUGGGAGCUUUUUAAGUGUUGGAUUUGCUCAAAGCUCUGGAUCUGGACGUCUUUGUAUACAUAGAGGAAAGAACAGCUAGGGUGCCUGAUGUGGUCUGAACCUUGAGGUGUUCUUUUGAUAGGUUUAACACGCUCCUGCACAUACAAAAUAACUUUUGGAGAGACAAAAAAAGGACACUUCUCACUACAUGGACAUGGAUUGCCAUAUUGAAAGAAGAACUUCCAUGUGACUUUAAGACAUCCUCUCACAAAUCUCUCACUUUCCCACUUUCUCAUAGAGAACCGUUUCAUCUGACCAUACUGUUUCAGCUUUGUGAAAAGGGCUAAACACUCACACUACUUAAAUGCUGCAUUUGACAUGUGUAUGAUUUUUUGUGUGAUUUUCACAAACGCUCUUAUACUUACUAGCUUUGAAGUGAAACAGAACAGCUUGUUUCAAAACAAACCAAAGGUUUUGCAGAUAAUCACUAAAGUAAGGCGUGAAUGGGUUUUUAUAAUCAAUGAUUUAACAAUCCAGUUUGGAAAUCUGUACACGUGUAAGUUUGUAACUAGAGUCUAUAUUAAAAUUAGACAGAUGAGUUCAUUGCACUUCAAUCACUACUGUUUCGGAAGGAGACUGCAUCUUCUCCGUUUUACACAAAAGCCCUACUGAACAUUUCAAAUAACACUCACUAAUACUCCUAUGUGGGAUUUUCUGUUGAACUAUACUACUGUAACUUUGUUACCUUCUAAUAACCCAUACUACGCUUUGUAAGAUGUAACCCUUUUCUAUGCAAUAAGAAGAAGAAAAGAAACCGAAAGAGUGUUUUUUCAUUUGAACACAUGUUAUAAAACCAUCAAUCCAUUUGACUUCACCACAACAGAUCCUGGAAUGUAAUGAGAGCAAGUCAUUGUAUUCCCAUAGCAUGAGUUUUUGAAAUUGUGUGGUAGACAAGAACUAUUUGUGUUCUUUUAUGUGUUUUGCUAAUAGCGCAAAAGAAACAAACAAAAGCAAUUAUAAGUGCCACUUCAACAGUUAUAAAUCAGUCAACAAACUUAAAGCUUGUGUACGCAGCUCAUUUAUCCAACAUACACAAGCAUGACAUUAAAAUAAGUUAACCAUUGUGCACAUUGUUCCAUAAUGACCAGCGUAAGUUGCAUUCUUUCAGUAGAAGCCAAAAACAACACAUCUUAUUUUUUGUCCUGCCAAAUUUGCUGAAACGACUUCUUAAGAACAUUUGAGCUAUUUUUAUUUGAUGUGCACUGCUUUUUGAAGACAAGACUCCCCCGAACGGUCCCUUAGGAGCAGCUCAAGUCAAAACGUAUGUAGCUUUUCUGGCGGGCGUGAACAAACCGCCGGCCCGGCUGCAAUGGUGUUGGCCACAUGAAAGCGCAACAACACCAGUCACUCCUCCCCAAGAUGGGUCUUUAUGCCGGCCUAAUCCACUCCCUUUAUGCUGGGGUCUGUUAGACAGAUUUACAUUAGUAAAUCACUGUCACACCAUUAAAUUCCUUAAGAGAAAAAGUAUCAGGAUUUCCAAGUGAAUGGGGAUUAAGGCAAAAAGCGCCUGCUGCCCACCGACAAUCAUGGGAAAAGCGCGGGGCCAUAAAUCCGCCGGUUAGCGGCUGGUUCUCACGCCGGGCCCCUGCCUUUGAAGUCGCCGUCAUAUAUCAAGGGCGCACAUGAUCUUCCCAAAACAUCACACAGGCAAAGGGCCGGUGUUGUGAACAUGGCCAGCAAACCUGGAAGCUUCUGUAUUUUCCAAGCAUGAAAAUGCUUUAGUGGUGUAUAGACACGAUCAUAUCAGGUAAAUCAGUGAAUUUGCUGAACAAUCAUUUGACAGUAACAUCAACAUUAUCUGGCAUACAUACUGUACAUUCUCAAGAGAAUGAAAUACUAGUCUCACUUUCUACAGAUUGUCUAGGUGCAAAUGAAUCCAUAACUGCAUCAAAUGAGGAUAAAAGUCUUGCACAGUUCCUAAAGAGCAUAGAGUAUAUGCAUGUAUACAUAGAUGUGUUGAUUGACAUCUUUGAUGUACUUGCAAUGUAUAUACCUUAACUUGUUCUACACAAUUAGGUUUUAUAUAUUUCCAUAUCUUCGCUGUCCUGCUGAAACCUCAUGUACUUUUUAAAUGGUUACAUACUGUGUUGUCAAAGUUGACAAUAACGUUUUAAUAGGCCUAGGUUAGAUAUUUGCAAAACCGUGUGACAAACAUAUAGUGUGACUAAUGAUUUAUGGCAAAAAAUAAAAAACACAAAAAAAAUAGAUUUCAGAAGGACAG